AGUCGUCGAGUCGGCUGCUUCUUAUAUUAGUUCAAAAUCGGAGUGGUGGCAGGCAGCAUUCUAAAAAUUGACUGUACUCUGCGGUCUAAUGCACGAGCUACUCCGAUGCGACGAGAGAGUACACACAAGAAGUCGGCAAGUAGUAAAGUAAAGAAGCCUCCCUCUCUCUCCUCCUCCGUCUCUCUCCCUGAGCCGUCCGCGCGCGGCACACGUUGUCUGCACGGACCGUUGUGUAUUCUUACUUAAAGAGCUUGAUCGCAGAGGCUCGAUUCAGUCUUCGUCCUAUAACGCAAGCCCGCAAGUCGUGUUAUACAUUAUAUCAGGAAGCGUCGUCGACACGUUAAUCAACAUAACACGUGCUGUACGAAAAUUUUCAUGAAUUAAGUCUGUGAUUCGAGGAAUUAUAUUGUGGAAGUUUGAUUGUGCUACGCGGAUCAGCUGUUGCUAACGUACUCUGAUCUGCUGUGAUUGCUAUAUAUUCAUCUUGAGUGAUCGAGGACCGGACUUGUUAAUUUGUUGGUGAUAAACAAUUUUUAAUUGUUUCGUAGCCGUCGAUUGUUUCUGCUGAAAGUUUUUUUCAUCGAGUCUCAGGAGACUUUUACAAAUAAAUAAUAUAAAAAAAGGAAAAUAAUAAAGAAAUGGAGCAGAGCGGCGGAAUAUCGAUAAUAUCGCCGCCGAGUAUCACCGACAACAAUGCGGCCAACAAUAAGGUGAAAAGCAACGGCAGCAGCAACGGAGGCGGCGGUGGCUUAGCAGCCAGCACCGCGAGCCGCUUGAUGAAUGCCAAGGAAAAGCUGCGCGUGCCUUGGUGCAAGAAUGACGAUGGAUCUGCUGUAGAAUGGUUAAAGAAAGGAGUCGCUGAGAUGAUUGGAACGGCGAUAAUCGUUUUUUUGGGCUGUUUGGGGUGCGUCGGAAGCUUGGGGACCGCUCCUACACAUCUUCAGAUCUGUUUGAGUUUUGGAUUUGCUGUUAUGAUAGCUAUUGUCUGCACGGCUCAUAUAAGUGGUGCUCAUUUGAAUCCUGCAGUCACAGUUGGAACUAUCGUUUGUGGAUAUACGUCCUUGGCAUCGGCUGCGGUUUACAUCAUAAGUCAAAUGGCUGGAGGUGUAUUGGGAUACGCAUUACUAAAGAUAAUAACCCCACAAAAUCAUCUGCAUGGAGGAGAUCCAAACACAGCUGCAGGAUUUUGCGCGACUCUUUUGCAUCCUCGAGUCUCAAUACUGCAAGGUUUCUUCAGUGAAGUCAUAGCAACUGGAAUAUUGGUAUUCAUGGUUUGCUCCAUCUCGGAUUCUCGUAAUUCGCGCAAUACCGAUUCUGUAGCCAUCAAAGUCGGCUUAGCCGUUGCUGUUCUAUGCUUCGGAUUUGUACCCUACACAGAUUGCAGUAUGAACCCAGCAAGAUCUUUCGGACCUGCCUUGAUCAAUAAUUUAUGGACCGACCACUGGCUCUUCUGGUUUGGACCUAUGGUAGGUGCCUUGCUCAGCUCGUUACUCUAUAAAACCUUAUUUAUGCCCAACCUCAAAGAACAAAGAACUAUUACGCCAGAAAACGGAGUAUAAGGAAAUUUUCUUCUAAGUUAAAAUUGCGAAAAAAAUUAUAAAUUUUAUCGUUACGUUUUAUAAAAAAAUUUAAAUUCUGUAGCACUUAAAUUGAUCAGAGAAUUAUGACUACAGAAAAGUAUUACUGUAUUUACGAACGAAAUACGAUAACUUCAUGAGGAAGAUAUAAUUUUAUGAUUCGUUUAUUGAAGAUCCUUUAUUUAGAUGAAUUCUUAAUUAUUAUAAUUAAAAAUCAAAAGUAAUCCGAUACAAAAUACAACUCUAAAAGUUUUAUUGCAUUCAUUAUGGGUUUUCAUGUUUUAUAAGAAAUUGUAUCGACUCUUAUGUAUAUUUACAAUUAAAAUAAUUACUGUUGAUAUUUUCCAUUAUUUCAUGUAUGAAUGUAUUUAAAAAAUCAUACCGAAUUUCAUUCAAAAAUGAGAUGAAAAACAGUCUGUGAUUUUAUUAAGAACUAAGAAUGAGUUGAAAAAUUUCUACGAAAAAAGUAUAUCACUUAUGUUAAAUCUUUGACAUUAAAUGUAAGAUAAUAGUGUUAGUAGUAUAAGGAUGUGUAAUAUAUAAGCUUUUAUAUCGAAUUAUUUCAUAAAACAACUUUACCAUUAUUAUCAACUUUAUAAUUUUCAAAGAUCACUAUAAUCAGCGAAAUGAGUGUCUUUUUACCAUUAUAUUGUACCAUCGCGUAUUAUAAUCGGAAUGAAAUUUUUAUAAAAAUGUUAAGCUUGAUGAAUAGAAAAAAUGUAAAAAUUAAAAUUUUAU